AUGCAAUCCAUUGAUUCAUUGAGAGAAUUAAAUUCCAAGCUUGUAGCCGAGAUUGCCGAGCUUAGAAAGGAGAAUGCAAAGUUGAAACAGAUUAUUGAGGAGAAUACAGAGCGCGAUGUUAGAGUUGAGGAACUAGAGCAAAAGAAUACAGAGCUUGAGGCCAGACUUGCGAUAUUGGAACAGGGAGAAAAAGGUAUUUCUACGGAAGAUGUUUCUCAAUCUCCAGUAAAUUCUAACGAUACUCCAAAACAGAUAGUGCAACAAUGUGAUGAUACCCCAGUAUCUGAUAUAACUGAUAACACUUUAAAUUCUAACGAUACCCAUGAGAAGUCUAACACAUCUAAUUCUGAUAUAUACCAGGAUUCAGUGAUCCCCAUAUAUCCUACAGAAACCAUAUCAUUUGCUUCGCAAAGCGACUUACGUCGCCUGGAUGAGAAAGAAGAAAAUGAAUUUCUGGAUUCAAUGUAUAAGGAACAGGUUAGUAAAGAGAUAAUUCAAAGCAUUAGGGAGAAGAAACUUCGAGAUCAAAAUUCAGACUUAUCUUUAGUUAAUCAAACCAUUUCUUCAGCAGAAUCUGAAAAGACAGUGACAUCUACAUCAUAUGAAUCAAAAACCGUGACAAAAUGUCACGAUCAAAAUAAUGCCCUGGAUAAUACCACUUCCGAAAUACUCGAAUCAGAUAAUCAAAUCAUAGAAGGUUUAAUACAAGAGAUAACCUAUGGCCACGAGCAGAGAAUUGUCUCCGAAAUCAAUCCUUUAUCUUCAAUUAAUGGAAACAAUGAUGAGGUAAAUGUUAGUGGUAUACAGGAUAUAGUUCCAGGCUCUGUACAAAGUUUAUCAGACUUAUUUGAUAAAGCAAUUAAAUCAGCAGAUGGCGAGAUUAAAGAUAAAACAGCAAGAUCAAAAAUAUAUAAGGAAAUGAAACCUUUUCUACCUAAUAUUACAGAUGCAAAUUUGCAUAAGAAAACUGAAAGAGCGAGAAAAAUUCUUAAGCUAUUUGGUGGUAGAGGAGUAGGCAUAGAUAAAAUCGAAUACAUUACAUAUAGUACAAGUACAAUUUCGGGAUUGAAAAAUACUCAAAUUCAGCAUAUCAUAUAUGAGGUGACUUUAAAAACCGUGCCAAAAUGUCACGAUCAGAUUAAUGUAGAGGAGGAUUUACCGGAAGACAAGAAGACCUCAUCUAAAAAACAGAUUAAUCGUAAGAAUAAUCAUGCGAAUUUUAUUAAGAAAACAUUAGAGCAAUUUCCCGAUCUAUAUUACGAAUGCAGUAGUGAAAAUUUUGAUUACUAUGGAAUUACCAGUGAGACAUUAUGCCCUUUAUGUAAAUUAGAUCAUGAGGGCGAGGAAGGCAUAGAAGAUAAAAUUCGUUCCAAAUUGUAUAAAAGAUAUAAAAAUGAAACUGGGCUUGAUCCCUGGAUAAAAUCUGAAUCCUUACAAAUCAGUGAAGCUAGCAUAGCCAAAAAGAAUGUUAAUAAUUAUAUCCCACAAAAUAAUUCACUGGAAACUCAGAUAAGGAUACCAUGGAUAAAUGUUCAGCCUACAUCAUCCAAACUUCGGUCACCAAUUUCUAUUCUACCUAAAGAUCCAGAAGAGAAACAAAAACAUGUUAUCAAAAUGGUAUUAGAGCGAUUUCCUUAUUUAACUUUGAAACAUAGUUUUAAAAAGAGUGAUAACUUCGUUUUUAACAGUUUCAUAUCCUGCCCUAUAUGUAAUAAAAAUUAUAAAAAAGAAAAUAUAAGAAAUUUUAUAGAGGGUAUUUGGGGUAGUAGUGAAUAUUGUGGCAAAAAAGCUUAUCGUCUUUAUUGCUAUACAAAUAAAUAUCAGAAUUCAAUCCACAUAGUAAGUAUAAAAGCAUGA